AUGAGCGUUCUGUGCUCUCCGUCGGACUGCCAUGUAGGUGGAUAUACUUCACAAACCGCGAACAGUUUACCAAUUACCUUAAUGAAAGGCAACGAUGAUGUCGAAUAUUCUGUUGUUAAAAUCCUUCAAGAACACUUAUCAGAUCCAGCUUCGUACUCAUUAUCACCAUAUGAAUCAGACAAUACAAUGACAAUAACAACAGCCUGUUCAUAUGACAAGAUUCGUACCGCUGCAUUACGAGAUGGCGUAGCAAUCAAAAUUUCGAGUGGUUUUCGCGUACUAGCACGUCAACAAUAUUUUUAUGAUUGUUACAUAACGCAGCAAUGUAAUGACGGGAAUUUUGCAGCUGUACCUGGUACAUCGAAUCAUGGAACGGGGAUUGCUUUAGACCUAAACACAAAUUGUGGGAAACAAACUGAUGAAAAGCCACCCGCAGAAUGUCAGACUUCGGAUGUUUAUCAAUGGUUAUAUGAAAAUGGGCAUAAUUAUGGGUUUGUACGCACAGUUAAAUCAGAACCAUGGCAUUGGGAAUAUAGAGGAAUAGGUGUUCAACGACCUGACUGGGCUUAA